GCUACUGUGCGAGGAGGUGCGGGCGGGACGCAGUUAGUGCGCGCGCGAUGUGCCGGACGAUGCACGCGUGCAAUGCUACGUAUUAGUUCGCCAGCGACCACGAAGAAUUGAACAUGGCCGAUUGGUUCCUUGAUCUCGACUACGCCAACUGCGCGUACGAUGCGUACCCAUACCCGUACUACCAGGAGAAGGAAAUGCAGGAUGCGCCGGCGCAGUACCUACCGCUGCAAGCGCAGCCCUAUCCAUGUCAUUCACCGAAUCUGACCGUUCUACUCUCCUCGGCCCAGCAAGGGAUGCAGCAACCAUGCGACUACAAUCCAACCCCCCCGGGGGAAACUCCGCGCGAGCUGCGUAACAAAGCUGAGAAGCAAAGGCGGGACAAACUGAAUGAAUCCGUCGCGAGACUGGCUGCAAUCGUUCCGCCGGUGGUCAAAUCUGGAAGGAAAAUUAACAAGAGAAGCGUCCUCCGACUCGCUGCCCAUUACUUACGUUCCCAUCAACAUGUAUUUGGGAACAGCAUAGACCGCGGACCCGAAUUCAGUGCUGGGUUCACGAGUGCUUUGUUGAAAAAUCUUAAAGGUUUUCUCAUUACUACUACGUAUAAAGGGCUCAUCGUGGUCGUCUCGCCUAAUAUACAAGAGUACUUGGGUUAUACUGAGCUCGAGUUACUUGGUCAAAACGUGUUUAGUAUCAUUCACAAAGACGAUCAUCAGCUCCUCGCGGAGCAACUGUUCCCAAAAUCUUGCACUUUGUCAUCAAACGGACAACUUAUGAUACCUAAAGAAAAUGGCGCAGAAAAGAAGGUCGCAGAAGAUCUUGCGAACGAAAAACGCAGCUUUACUAUACGAUUCAAAAAGUUGAAUCAACGCUCCGAGCCUGCACAAUACGUCACCUGUCAUGUCGAAGGCUCACUCCGUAAAUCGGACGCUGCAGGCGCAACAGGUGAAGUAAUCCAAAUGAGGCGCCGUGUGCGAUCCAGAAGACAAAAUCCAUUUUCGAGCGGAAAUGACAUUGUGUUCGUAGGUAUGGUACGACCCAAUGUCGACACUUUCUUAAGCGAGAGUGGACUUGAAUCCUUUAAAAUGGAAUACCGUACGCGUCAUUCCAUCGAUGGAGAAAUAAUACAGUGUGAGCAACGGAUCGCUCUCGUCACCGGCUACAUGACGCACGAGGUGAAAGGAGUCAACGCUAUGAAUUUCAUGCAUCGCGACGAUGUACGAUGGGUGAUCAUCGCUUUACGAGAAAUGUACGACCAACGUCGCCUGUUUGGAGAAUCCUGUUACCGUCUAAUGACGAAAAACGGAGAAUUUAUAUACAUGAGGACACUUGGUCAACUUGACGUAGAUAAGGACACGAAAGCAGUGACGAGUUUCGUGUGCACGAACACUGUGGUCCAAGAAGAAGAAGGAAAACACCUGAUAAAUUUGAUGAAGAGAAAGUUUACUUUGAUGAUUAACAAUGGGGAACCACGAGAUUUCCAUGAUGAUACGACUCAGGACAAUCUCAAAAAAUCUUUACCGGUAGAAGAUCCUAGACAAUUGGAAAAGGUCAUUUUCCACCUGGUAACAAACUUACCUUCGCCCCAGCCUGAAGACAACAACCAUAAUGCAUAUCCAAAUUCAGAACCCUCACCAUCACACUUAGCUAUAAUACCUCCACAGAGAGAACAAAUCCAGAAAGCCAUAGAAAAAAGUUAUAGUAUUAUUAAAUAUAUAGAUAUGGCUUCUAACCGAGAGUGGAAUAAAACAUCGAAUUUCCGUUCUCCAACACAACCGCUAUUACCAGAGGAGGACGAUAUUUCUAUAAUGGAUGCUCUGUGCCUAGGGAGUUGCGAUGGACCCCCAUGCACAUGCCUGGUUGGCGAGUUAGCUUCUAGCGGCGUUUCAAUAUCUCCGACAGAGGCAGACCUCUACUUAAGUCUAUUUUCGGAAGCAGCUACAGCGACGGCCUCUGAAAACGCUCUAUUAGCCGAAACAACUAAAGCCACGGCCUCUACUAACGGUCUAAUGGAAACACAUAAAAAUAAACGACCGUACAUUCGACCCCGAAAAAUAUACGAUGUUAUUCCUGAACAAUCCACUGUAAAGAGACAGUUUGAAAGUGAGGAUAAUAUAAGCGGAGAUACAUAUUGGAGUUGCAUGCUAAAUAAUACAAUCAAGGAAAGCAACAACCUCGAAUGUGGGCGAUUAGACUCUUCCAACCGUAUCCUGGAGGGCAAUGGUCUUAUAAAAGCUAUAGACAAAAUCGAAGCCGAAGAUUGUAUUGACAGCAAUUCUUUGAUGGAAAUGAUCGAAAUUAGUGAAGCCGAAAAAGCUCUAGAAAAGAAAAAGGCUGAUAGAGCUGCAGCUGAAAGCGUGUAUGACUUUAAAAUUGACGAUAGUGAUGUAGAUAAGUGCUAAAGUUUUUAAGUGUCGAUGAAAUUAUUCUUAAUGUAAAUUUAAAAAAAAAAUAUUCGUGACACUUAAUGUGAAAUUAUAGUGAGUGUUUAUAAAUUUUGUGGUAAAGCAUAUCAAGCGAACGUUAAUUUUAAAACUUUCAUUGUGAAAGUGUAAUUUAGUUUUAACUGACGUUUCCAAUAGAGAAUUAGAUUUAAUGGUAA